AUGGCCGACGUCCGUGUCCUUCUCGUUGGAAAUGGCGGCAGAGAGCACGCCCUCGCCUGGAAGCUCUCUCAAUCGCCCCGCAUCGACCGCAUCUUCGUCGCUCCCGGCAAUGGUGGCACCGCCCUCCUCACCAAGACGCAGAACGUCGAGUCUGUCAAGGCCGACGACUACCCGGGUCUCGUCAAGUUCGCUGUCGAGAACAACGUGAACCUUCUCAUUCCCGGCCCCGAGGCCCCGCUUGUCGACGGCAUUGUUGAUGUUUUCAACAAGAAUGCUCCCCAAAUCAAGUGCUUCGGUCCCUCCGGUGCUGCUGCCCGCAUGGAAGGCAGCAAGACCUUCUCCAAGGACUUCAUGGCCCGCCACAACAUUCCCACCGCUGCCUACAAGAACUUCACUUCCCACGAUGAGGCUCGCGCCUACCUCGACAGCGUCUCGCACCCUGUCGUUAUCAAGGCUUCUGGUCUCGCUGCCGGCAAGGGCGUCAUCAUUCCCACCACCAAGGAGGAGGCACACCGCGCCCUGAGGGAUAUUAUGCUGGACCGCGAGUUUGGUUCUGCUGGUGACGAGGUUGUCAUUGAGGAGUUCCUCGAGGGCGACGAGCUCAGCAUCCUGACCUUCAGUGACGGGACCUCUAUCCAGAGCCUGCCCCCAGCUCAGGACCACAAGCGUAUCUUCGACGGCGACAAAGGCCCCAACACUGGCGGCAUGGGUACCUACUCUCCUACGCGCAUCGCACCCAAGGACGUCGUGGAGAAGAUCAACAAGGAGGUGCUGCAGCCUACUGUCGACGGCAUGAAGGCUGAGGGCUACCCCAUGAUUGGCUGUCUGUUCACUGGUCUUAUGAUGACCAAGAACGGCCCCAAGGUGCUCGAGUACAAUGUUCGCUUCGGUGACCCAGAGACCCAGUCGCUGUUGCCGUUGAUGGACAGCGACCUUGCUGAGCUCAUGCUUGCCUGCACUGACAGCAAGCUUGCCAGCUUUGAUCUGAAGGUGGGAGAGAAGAGUGCUGCUACCGUGGUGGUGGCUGCCGGCGGCUACCCCGGCUCGUAUGCAAAGGGCACCGAGAUGAAGCUCGACCCUGUUCCGACUGAUACCGUUCACUUCCACGCUGGCACUGCGUUGAAGGAUGGCGUGCUGCGCACUUCUGGUGGCCGUGUCAUUGCGUCAACGGCAUGGGCACCCACGCUCGAGGAGGCCGUUCAGAAGGCCUACAAGGGAGUUGAGGCCAUCCACUUUGAAGGCAUGCAGUACCGCAAGGACAUUGCAGGCCGCGCGCUGAAAAAGUAA